UUAAGACUACUCAUGCUGGCAACAAAAUUAAGGGGGAGGGGGGCAACUGGUUGUAUUCAAGAGGUAGGGCAUUAAGACAUAACAAGCAAAGUUAAAUUGUACAUUCAAUCCAGACGGGGAGACAGUUUUUGUCCCAAUCACCCCCUCUUAUACGGGGUCUCACCGGAUCGAUGCCUGUAACAACAGAAAGAUCACCCCAUAAUUAAUUGACAUAUGGGGCUAGUCCAAGGCCAUUGAUAUGAGUCGCCAACAAGAAUCAUGAACCGAAAAUGCAUCUGGCUUUCCUUGCUCUAUGUCUGGAUGUGCCUGGCAGGUGCGCAGAUAAACUGGGAAAUUCAACGCUAUGAUGGAUGGUAUAACAAUCUAGCAUAUCAUAGCAGGGGUUCUAAAGGUUCUAAAUUGAUGCGCCUCAUCCCAGCAAGUUAUUCUGAUGGAGUUUAUCAAGUCGCAACAGAACCAGAGCUGCCAAAUCCACGGAAAGUCAGUAACGCAGUGAUAAGUGGAAAAUCUGGUUCUUCGUCUUCUCGAAAUUUGACAGUGAUGGCAGUAUUUUUUGGUUAUCACGUCCUUUCAGAAAUAGUGUCCACGGAAAUGGCAGCAUGUCCAGCUGAAUUUCUAAAUAUUUAUAUUCCUCCUGGAGAUCCGGUGUUUGAUCCUACAAAUAAAAGCAAUGUGGUUUUGCCAUUCCAAAGAAUUCAGUGGUCUAAGGAUACAGGAACAAGUCCCAAUAGCCCAAGAGACCAGAUUAAUAAAGUAACAGCGUGGAUAGAUGGCAGCUCAAUCUAUGGUACUUCCCAUUCUUGGAGUGAUGCCCUAAGAAGUUUCUCCAAAGGAAAGCUGGCUACUGGACCAGAAGGGCACUUUCCCCCCUAUGCUUCACAAAGUCUUCCUAUGUGGAGAGUUCGGGAUCCUUCCACGGGGAACACUGGAAGUGAUGGAAUAUAUAGUUUUGGUAAUGCUAUGGGGAAUGAAAGUCCAUUUAUCCAGGCUGUGGGCCUUGUUUGGUUUCGAUACCACAACUACAUAGCGGAAAAACUGUCAGAAGAGCAUAGUGAUUGGACUGAUGAGGUUUUGUUUCAGAAUGCAAGAAAAUGGGUUAUUGCUGUUUACCAGAACAUUGUGUUUUAUGAAUGGCUACCUACAUUUUUGUCAGACGUGCCAGGCUAUAAUGGGUACAAACCACAUGUUGCCACCAGUAUAUCUCCAGAAUUUUUGGCUCUAACAGCACAGAUGAUAUACACCAUGAUGCCUUCAGGAGUCUAUAUGAGAGAUAAACAUUGUACAUUUCUAAAUGUGACCAAUAAAGACGGUGGAAUUUCCCCUGCUCUUCGCUUGUGUAACAAUUAUUGGAACAGAAAGAACCCCAACAUGAAGAAUCCAGCUGAUGUUGAUAAUCUGUUGCUGGGCAUGUGUUCUCAAAUAGCUGAGAAGGAAGAUAAUAUUGUUGUACCAGAUCUCAAAGACUACUGGUAUGGACAGAUUAAAUAUUCAAGAACCGACUUGUUGGCUGCCAGUGUCCUGCGUGGAAGAGACAUGGGGCUUCCUAGUUAUAAGAAAUUAAGGGAGCACUUUGUAUCUGGUAAUGUAGACUGGGACUUUAUCAACAACACCAACAUAAGAGAACAGCUCAAAGCAUUGUAUGGCAAUGACAUUGGAAAAUUGGAACUUAUUCCGGGAAUAUUGUCAGAGAUUGAUGGAAGUCCUGGUCCCCUUAUAUCGGAAAUUGUAUUAAGUCAAUUUAUUCAAAUAAGAGAAGGGGACAGAUUUUGGUUUGAAAAUAAGAAAAACGGUUUAUUUACAGAUGAGGAAAUAUCUAAGAUACACAAUAGUACAUUCCGUGAUGUUCUGCUAGCUGUCACUGAUGCAUGGGAUAACACAACUCAGAACAAUGUCUUCAUCUGGAUGAAGGAUGAUCCAUGUCCUCAACCCAGACAGCUAACAUCUGAAGAUAUGGAGAAUUGUGUUCCACUUACGGUCACUGACUACUUUGAAGGAUGUGCUGUUGGAUUUGGAAUCACAAUUGCAGCUCUAUGCUGUCUACCUAUUGUGAGUUUACUUAUUGCCCUGGGGGUUGCAAAAUAUCGAAAGCAAACUUUUCUCAAAAUGCAACCUAAGACUGAAGGUUCUGGACACAGUAGUAUGAAUAACAGAGAAGGAUUUCCAGCCAUGGAAUGGUGUGGAGGGGAUGAGCCUUUACAAAAUGUUUUCAUUCAACUGCACCAAAACAAAAUGAUUAAGGUUGUGGAUGGUAAGAAAUCUAAGACCAGGACAAUCAAAUUACAGAAUCAGCAGAAUGUAGAGGUCACCCUCUCGAAUAAUAAUGGCAGCAAAGUCACUCGUGUCAAGAUCCCCAAAGAGUAUGAUCUGGUCCUCUUUUUUAAUGGCAGUGAAGAUCGAACAACUUUUACCCAAACGCUACAGGAAUUUUUUGAUGAAAGUGGAAUUACCUAUACUGUUACCGCAUUGCGAGAAAAUGACCUCCUGAAGGAAUCCGUUUCCAAGAAAAAGAGACAAGAGAUGCUGGAGACGUUUUUUAGAAAUUCCCUUUCCCAUGUGUUUGACAUUGAGAAGAAAGAUUCAGGAGUAAUUCCCAAACAGGAGAUUUCAGAAGCUCUGAAUUGUGAAUUGUCAAGAGAAGAGUUUGCUGAUUCAUUAGGGCUCGAUCCUAAUGCCCAUUUCGUGGAAGCCAUGUUUUCCAUUGGUGACAAGGAUUGCAAUGGCUACCUGUCCUUUCAUGAAUUUUGUUAUUUACUGUGUUUUUUAUUAAAAGGCUCUGUGGAAAGCAAGCUCAAAUUUAUGUUUUCAGUACACGAUGUUAAUGAAACUGGAUUUCUCACAAAGGAAGAAUUUACCCACAUGCUUAGGUCCUUCAAUCAGUUAUCUAACUUUCUUUCAAAAGAUCAAACUGAACAAGUCAUAGAAAGCAUGUUUUCUGAAGCUGGGCUUCAGUCUGCACAAGAAAUCACAUGGGAGCAGUUUUACUCUAUGUUUAAGCAACAUUCCAAUAUUUUAAAUCAAAUGACAAUCCAAGGAUCAUCUGCUCGAGUAAAGGGUUACAAUAGCAAGAUUUCAUUUAUUGACAAGAGACCAAAAGGUCAUACUGACAGGAAUGGUGAAAUCCGUAUGGACAUAUUAGAUGUGGAAGGUCAAGAACUUCGAAACAGACAUGGUAAAAUUAAUAAGUACAAGGUGAACAAACCCCGUGUAUUUACUACAGCAAGAAGAGAAAAAUAUGAGUCAAGCAAAAUCCGCCAAAAGAUACAACAAUUUAAACGGUUAAUUGAGAACUACCGGCGUCAUAUUGUAUGCCUAGUAAUAUUCUAUGGAAUAUCAGCUGGAUUGUUUACAGAAAGAGGAUAUUAUUAUGGCUUCGCAUCCCCAGGAACUGGAAUUGCUGACAUUACAUAUGUGGGUCUUAUAGCUUCUCGAGGUUCUGCUGCCUGUAUUUCGUUUAUGUUCUCCUAUAUCCUUCUGACCAUGUGCCGAAAUCUUAUAACUUUCCUGCGAGAGACCUUCUUGAAUCAAUACAUCCCAUUUGAUGCUGCAGUUGACUUCCACCGCUUGAUCGCCAUGAGUGCUCUUGUUCUUACCAUCAUUCACACACUUGGUCACAUAGUCAAUGUCUACAUCUUCACAAUCACUCCUCUUAGUGUUCUCAGCUGCCUCUUCCCAACAGUGUUCGCAGAUAAUGGAUCUGAGUUGCCACAGAAAUAUUAUUGGUGGGUUUUUGAGACUGUGCCAGGUAUGACUGGAGUUCUUCUCCUGACAGUAAUGGCUCUGAUGUAUGUGUUUUCUACCUAUUAUUUCCGACGUGUCAGUUUCCGUGGCUUCUGGAUCAUUCAUCAUCUUUAUGUGCUUUUUUAUAUUUUGACUAUCAUUCAUGGCAGUUUUGCGCUCAUCCAACAACCAAAGUUUCACAUUUUUUUUAUUGCUCCGGCUAUCAUGUUUGCGUGUGAUAAAAUGAUUAGUUUGAGGAGGAAAAAGAUAGAGAUAGAAGUUCUGGAUGUAAAACAACUUCCUUCAGGCGUAACUUACUUGAAGUUUCAGCGGCCAUCUGACUUUGACUACAAGUCUGGACAGUGGGUUAGGAUCGCCUGCUUGUCUCUUGGUACAAAUGAAUACCACCCUUUCACAUUGACAUCUGCUCCCCAUGAAGAAACAUUAAGUUUACAUAUAAGAGCAGUAGGACCAUGGACAACAAGUCUGAGACAGCUUUGCCCAUCUCCAAACACAACAGAGGUUAAGUUCCCAAAGCUAUUUCUGGAUGGACCAUUUGGAGAAGGUCACCAGGAGUGGAAUAAGUUUGAAGUGUCUGUCUUAGUUGGAGGAGGAAUUGGGGUUACACCAUUUGCUUCAAUCCUUAAAGAUCUGGUCUUCAAAUCAUCAGUCAAUGCAAAGAUAAAUUGCAAGAAAAUUUAUUUCAUUUGGGUAACACGCACACAGCGGCAGUUUGAAUGGCUGACGGACAUCAUUGGAGAGGUGGAAGAGAAUGAUAAAAAUGACCUUCUAUCAGUCCAUAUCUACAUCACACAACUAAGUGAAAAGUUUGACUUUCGAACAGCCAUGCUGUACAUCUGUGAGCAACACUUUCAGAAAGUUCAGAGCAAGAGCUUAAUGACUGGGCUGAGAUCUGUCACACAUUUCGGGAGACCGCCAUUUCUGGGAUUUCUGAAUUCCUUACAAGAGGUCCAUCCUGAGGUUAAGAAAAUUGGUGUGUUCAGCUGUGGCCCACCUGGAAUGACUAAAAAUGUUGAAGAUGCCUGCAAGAAACUAAACAAAAGAGACCAAGCUCAUUUUAUGCAUCACUAUGAGAAUUUUUAACUUAAUAAUAUAUACAUGAGCCAUGAAUUUUACCCAGGUGCCAUUAUAUUGGCAUUAUGUAUGGCUAGCUAGUAGGUUCUUCCCACAAAUCUCCAGCCACACUAUGACUGACAAUGUUAAAACCCAAAUGGAAUUUCUAUAUUUGGUGAUUGUUAUUUCAUAGGAUUUCAGAAAAAUAACUAGCUACAAUAAUAUGUGGAAAAGUACAUGAAAGAGUAAAGUAGUUAUGACACUCACCAGAUCAUGAGAAUCUUCUCUUUUAUGUCAACAUCUUAAAAUUACAGGAUGGAUACAAACACAUAGGGCAAAAGCCAUUUCAUAUGUGCUGCAUUUUUUCCCAUACCAAAAAGAAGCACAGGACUUACAAGUUGGAUGUUGUUCUCCAUGUCUAUGUAUCCAGCGCACUGUAAUUUUAAGAUGCUGAAAAACAGGAGGUUUCUAUAAAAUGAUUCGUGCUCCAGCUACUUUACUCUUCCAUAUACUAUUGACUUCUUUGUAUUUAUUCCGCUGAUUAACCUGCCAAGGUUUAAUAAAGACUUUUGUGUUUGUAAAUUUAUCUCUUAUUUCUAC